GGUGGGCUAGGAUUAUUAAAUUCGUGCUUGCUCAGGGGAUUAGGUUUCAAGGUUCCUUAUUUCGGUUGGAUUAGGAUUUUGAAAAGCUUUAUAUAAUAAUAAUAAUAAUAAGAUAGGGGAGAAUAUGGGUGAAUUUUGCUCUCGCUCAAAGAAAGAAACCCUAAGAAUGGGAUCGGAUAUGGAGAAGAAUCAAAAGCAAACGAGUUUCACGUUUGAGAUAGACAACUUGUGGGAGAAAGAAGAUGUGAUAUCGUCUCCUAUAUUCUUAAGCGGUGGCUGCGAAUGGGUUGUUCAAGUUUAUCCCAAAGGAUACGGUACUGUUGUUGAAGAUCACUUGGCUCUGUUCCUCUGCGUUGCGAAUCCUGAAUCACUCAAACUUGGAUGGAAAAGACGAGCUAAUAAUUCAGUCCUCCUGUUAGAUCAAUUUGGCAAAGAGCUCUACAGAUCGAAUGAAAAUUGCAGAUUGUUCUGCGCUCAGUUCACAAAAUGGGGUGAGUCAAGGGGCUUGCCUCUUAAAGAUAAAUGGAUCCUGGAGAAGAACAAACUGAUCAUUAAAGUCGAUAUAAAAGUAGUUGAAGUUGUUGAUGAAGCACAAGUAACUGGCAUGGAGAUGUUAGAUCUGUUUGGUUUCCAAUUUUUUUAUUCCCAGGUUGUUUCAGUGAGUCGGCUUUUCGAGGAGCACCCGGACAUUAAAGUGAAUUUCAAACCGAAGAUCCAAUUGGUGAAGAAUGCGUACAUGACAACCCUCCUCGGCCUCAUUGAGACACUGGACAAGCCUCCGCAUAGCUUCACCGAGACUGAGCUAGUCAGCGCUAAGAGGGAGUUGAUCGAGCUAACAGAAGCGGGCUUUAAGCUAGACUGGUUGGAUACAAAGCUUGAUGAGGUUUUCUCUGAGUGGAAGAAAGCAAAUGCUAAGAAUUAUACUCUUUCCUUCGGAACAAAUGCUGAUCAUGAGGUGAUACUCGAGGAGGAGUGGCUCAUCGAGGGUAUUAUUCGCUCGUGGAAUGAGUUCAAAGUAUUUUCUCAUCUUGAUAAUGAAAAAAUAGACUAAAAACACACGCAUUUUUUUACAGUACUAGGCUUUUUUUUCUUUUGGUUUUAUGUUUUCUUUUAUUAAUGAAGAAGUUCCAGGUUUUAUGGUCUUCUCA